AUGGGAGAUUUUAAUGAAAUUACCUGCCAAUCGGAUAAGCUGGAGGGAAAUCGUAUACAACAAUACAAGGCUGAUAAAUUUGUUGAUGCAAUGAAUGAAUGUGGUUUGAUAGAUGCUGGUAGCAUAGGAAGUAGAUUUACAUGGUUUAAUAAGCAAAAAGACAAUCCCAUUUACCAAAAACUAGAUAGGGCUUGGUUAAAUAUGCAUUGGUUGAACUUGUUUCCUAAUUCCACUGUCCAUAAUCUCCCAAGAGGGACUUCAGACCAUAACCCAAUCAAACUGAGCACAGAGCAAAAGGAGAGAAGGGUCACUCCUUCCCAACCCAACUUUAAAUUGGAGCCAUUGUGGUAUGCUGAACCGGGUUUCUCAAAAAUGGUAGAUGAAAAACUGAAUGCUGAAUGUUCUAACUUUGUGACCAAACUCAACAACAUUUCAAAAACAAUGUCUGCUUGGGCUAAAGAUAACAUAGGGAACUUUCUUAAAAAGGGGAAAUUCCUGUCUGCUAGAUUAAGUGGGACCAAAAAGCCUUGGAAACCAGGCCAAACUACAUGCAUCUACUGGAAAUAA